CACAGAGAAUCUAGAAAUUGUGCUACAAAUACCUAUGUCUUUCACUUCCUCAAAAGCCCAGAAAAUAAAAUCUGUCAAAUAUUUUAUUUUAUUUUAUUCAUUUAGAUACUACUUUGUUGUUAUAUAACUAUCAAAGAUAGCCAAUUGGGUAAAGAAAUGAUUGAAAGGUGAAAGAAAUAACUAUAUGAGAAUAACAAAGAGACCACAUGUUGACAUUUUUGAAGUCAUUGCUUUUUCGAAAGACUUCAUUUUUUUUCUCUGUAGAGAGAGAAACAAAGAGAGAGAGAGAAAAGGAGAGAUCUUAAUCUUAUCUGGGAUCUCUCUCUUUUGAUUGAUCACAGCAGAAGUUUUUUUUUUUUUUUAAAUUUAAAUUUUAUUAUAUGGUGUUUUUAAUUGGAUUCUUGAUUGUGGAUAUGAUGUUUUUGUUUUUUAAGGUUUCUUAAGUGACAACACAAAGGUUGUUACUUUUUUUGUUUUUUGGGUUUGUGGGGUUUUAUUGAAAGGGAAUUUCAGUGACAACACAGAAUUCUUAUUCUUGUUUGUUAUUCUUCUUGGAUUCUGAGACUCAAGAUCUUCAAGUUGUCAGAGGAGGAGUUACAAGAGAUUUUUUGAGGAAUGGGCACUAAAGUACAAUUUAAGACGUACUUGCCAGGAUUUUGCUCCAUGAGUGAUCUAAAUAACGACGGAACUAACACCCCAUGGCUCCUAAAUCAUGAAAAUAAGCCAAGGAAAAGAAGUCAGUGCACUGAUUCAGUUUUGUCAUCGCAACCAAUUGAUAGAUAUUUGGAAUGUGACAGAGAAAAAAUGAGGCAGACAAUUUUGAAGCAUGAAACAAUUUUCAGGCAUCAGCUCCAAGAACUCCACCGGCUAUAUAGAAGACAAAGAGAUCUCAUGAAUGAACAUCAAAGGAAAGAAAUGCUUAACAGUCGAACAAAGAUCUUCCAGUCAAUUCCCUCAUUGUCUCAUUUUCCUUCAUUGGAUUCUAUAGCUGGCCAGCUAUCAAUGAAAGAUGCUUCUAAGUACAAAUCGUCCUUUGAUUUUAUAGAGAAUGAUAGUAGGUCCAUUCAAUUCUCCCCCCAAAUCACAAAAAGUUCAAAGGAAUGUGAAUCUCAUCAGCCUGGUAGCAGUUUGUUCCAGAGAAAAAUGUUCAACUCAAGAUAUGUAGUUGAUGCGUGCUCGAAUAACGAAGAAGAACAAACUACUAUGAAACAAUGGGGAUUAGCCGCCAUUCAAGGGAACCCUGUUGAGGAAAUUUAUCCGAUCCCCCGAAGUAAAGAAGCAAAGACACCUAUUGCCAGUGCUUUAAAGUUUCAUUCUGAUGCUGAUUUCGACAGAGCCAAUUCCUCAAAAAGGACUGAUGAACUGGCUGACUUGAAUAAACCUCUACCACUUGAAGAAUCUCCUCCUCUGGUGCCAGAUAUCAAUAUAAGCAGCAUUACUUGCCUCGAGGAUGACAUCUAUGAUGGGACAAAGUUCUCUCCAAAGUCACUCAAGGAAAGGAUUGGUGGAAUUUGCAUCAACCACCCGCCUUGCAGGAAUGGAGAAGAGCAAUUAACUUUUGAACUAAAUGCUGAGCAAAAGCAACCACAUAACGGAUCUUCUGGAAGACAUGAAACUGCUGAAAAUUUACCUAAAGCCUUUCAUUCAUCGCAAGGCCAUAAACUUUUCAAGCACUCUCUCUUUAAGGAAACCAAGAAUGAACCCCAGAAGAAAAGGACAAUUUUUGGGGUUGAAAUUCAUGAAGAAAAUCAAGUACAAUCUGCCAGCUUUUCCAAUGUGCGAACUUCCACUCAUAAAUCUCAACCACUUUCUCAGAGUUAUACUGAACUUCUGCGAAACCUUGAGGCUUAUCAAGGCAAUAUGCAUAUGGGAAGUGAUGUCAGAUCACAUUCAAGUUCAAAGAAUGUACUUCCAGACCAAAAUGUUCUUUGUAAAAGAACUCAGCUAAAUGCUAACCAAGAUUGGACAAAAACUUCCAAUCGUGUGAAUGACGUGGAUUGUAAAUCUGCUGAAUUGAAGAAUGUAUCUGGAAAUUGUCAAAGGAAGCAGGAAAACUCCCGGGAGACAUUACCUUGGUUAGUCGGGAAAUCACAGGAAAGUGUAGAGCAGACCAAAGGGAGGGAAAAUUGCUAUCACUUAAAUCCGGACUCCUUGCAGAAUUGUUCCCAGCAGUUUUUCAGAAGAGAAGACACAUCAGUCAACUCCACUCAAUUUAUAGAUCAGAGGCGGGGAACCUUGUCAUCGAGAUCUACCAAAGAUUCCGAGUGCCAGAAGAUUGAAGUUACUGACAGCACUAAAAUAAGGACAAUUUUUGGCUUUCCACUUUUCAGUGCCUCCGAGGACUCGCAUGCAGCACGUGGUCUCUCAAAGGCCACUUUUCCUGAUGUUGACGGUGUUACUGCCACAAACAUUUCGGGAUAUGAGACUGUUUGUAGAAAGCACGUGGAAGCUAAGGAUUUUGUUCAAGAAAAAGGACUAAAUGGUUGCAUUUCUGGUUUAAGGUAUCAGAUUGAUUUGAACUUGUCUUUAGAUGAAGAAGAGGCACCAUCAGCACCCCCUCUUCCUCAGGCUGUAGUGAGGAUUGCAACCACUGAGAUAGACUUGGAGGCUCCAGCGGUUCUUGAAUCCGAAACAGAAUGUGGGAAUUCUAAACAUACAUUAGAAGAAUCUAAUAAGUCGAGUGAAGAAGCCAUGAGGGUUGCUGCAGAGUCUAUAAUUUCCAUCGCAGCAUCUAGUCAUGUAAACGGAGAUAUGAAUGAUGUAUUGCAAACUGAACCUAGUGACUGCCUCAAAUGGUUUGCUGAUUUGAUCUCCUCUCACUCUAGUGGCCACGAAUGCAUUGCUAGAAAGAUCAGCUCAUGUACAGUGUCCGAGUUUGAUGAGGAAUCCAUUCCUGAUGGCUUUGAUUACUUUGAGUUUAUGACACUCAAGCUGGAAGAUAUGAAGGAAGAAUAUUCCUACAAAAUGCCGACAAUAGAGAGCCAGAAAUAUGAAGAAACGGUGGCCACUACAUUACCAAAACGGCCUCGAAGAGGGCAAGCAAGAAGGGGCAGGCAACGGAAAGAUUUCCAGAGGGACGUUCUUCCUGGUCUUAUUUCCCUGUCGAGGUAUGAGGUGAACAAGGACAUUCUGGCAUUUGAAGAGCUGUUUAAAGCUAGUGGAUCGUCUUGGCAGUCUAGCGUAUCACAUAGGAAAACCGGUAAGAGUGGCAGGGGAAGGCGUCGUUUAGCAAAUGCUGAUCCUUCUCCAACAAUUCCUGCAGAUAGCACACCUCCGGUAAACCAGCCUUGUUCUAGUGAGCUAGGGCUCGAGGAAAAAAGUCUAACGGGCUGGGGAAAGAGAACGAGGCGCUUGCCAAGGCAGAGAUAUCUAAACCAUAAUAACCAUAAUCUUGCCCUUCCGCUGAAGCAAUGUUGAUGUGUAGGUUAGGCUCACAUCACGAGUUUGAACCUUGCUGCAGGCAAAAAAGUUUGUAGAGGGACGGGUCUAUUAUCCAGCAAGUUCUGAACCUUGCCAGCUGGCCCUCGGUUAUUUAUUGCAAUCAAAACAAUGUUGAGGAGGGAGGUGGAACGUCGGGGUAUAAGAGCACCAAGGUUCUUGCAGCUUUUCCCUUGAGGGAUCUCAUGAUCAUUAGAGCUUAUUUUGUACAUUUCUGCUUUGAUUACACUAUUCUAAGAGUUUAUUAAUAAUGCUACAUUUCUUUUCUCCCUAAAUAGAGAUCAAUCUAAUUGGAAAUGAAAUAGUUGGUGUACGUUGGAGAAA